AUGGAAGGAUACAAAAAGCUAGUCUUUGUUGCAUUAAUGUUUGUGUUCAUGGUUAUGAUUGGAUCUGAGACCAUCAUGUUGGCCAAUGGUCAGACAUUAUGCCGCAUGACAAAAGAGGGUCUCAAUGCAUGUGAGCCGUCGGUGAGCGGCCUAUUCCCAGUUCCACCCUCAGCCGCCUGUUGCUCGGCUCUCUCCAAUGCUGACAUGCAGUGCCUCUGCCUUUUCAAGAACUCCAGGCUGUUGAAUCUCUACGGAAUUGACCCCAACCUCGCCUUUGAGCUCCCCGCUAAAUGCAAUCUUCCCCAGUUCCAUUGCUCAAAUUAA